CGUAUAAGAAGUCUUGAAUAAGCAUGGCUCCCCCGGCGAUUCAGAGGGACCGGCCAGCCAGGACAGGAAAUGGAGAUAUGCCGACUACCGGCUCAGUUCUUCACCGGGAUGAAGGACAUCUCCCAACCCAUUCGACCGCUUCCUUGCGCCAUUACUUCUCUUUCUCCUUCAAAGACAGUUGAUUUGGUUGAGAGUCGGAUGUUUAUGCUGGGAAUGGGAUACGUGGGGCAAUUCUUCGGCCAUCAACUCAAAAAUGAAGGCUGGGUUGUGAAGGGGACUUGCAGGAGUUCAAGGAAGAAGAAGGAGCUCGAGGAGAUGGGGUUUGAUGCUUUUGUCUUCGAUGCUAGUGAGCCUGAGUUCUGCGUUUUGAGUUUUGUUAGUAGCUAUACUCACCUCCUUGUCUCCAUCCCUCCAGUUCCUGGUCUGGGGGAUCCGUUGUUGAAGAAUGUAGAGCUUGUAAGAGGUGCUUUGGUGGAUGGGAGUCUUCAAUGGCUCUGUUACUUGUCUUCUACUGGCUUAUAUGGUGAUUGUGCAGGUGCUUGGGUCGAUGAGGAUUAAGGAAGCAAUCCCACUUUGUAAUGUUUGAACUAAUAUUCACAUCGAAUGGAAGUAAUUAUACACAAACCAUACUGUGGCAGCUACCCAGCAAACCCUUCAAUUGAGCCAGCAAAAUCAAGGUUGCUUGCUGAGAAUGAAUGGUUAAGUUUCGG